GGAACCCUCAGAUCAUAGCUCGUGGUUAUACGCUCGCGAUCCCAGCAGAGAGAGGAAGCUCCCGAUGCCAUACCAACACGUCGCACAGGGGGCGUUGACGAAUUUGUACAUGGCCGCCACUGCCUGAGCCUGUCACUGUUGGAUCCCCUCAGCCUACAGCAGACUGUAGCAGGAACCUGGAAGAUGCGUCUAUCGGGGGCACUGCAUGAGAUCGCAGGCACCUCUUCAAGGAGGAGACACUAAGGAACCAUCCCUGGAAGAUCUGAUUUUUUUUACUACGUUCUUUCAUAUUCUGUGUCACACGUCAGUCAAUCACCACGAUGGGGUCAAAGCAACAGGAUGCAGGUCAUCUGCCCCCCUUGCCAGUCUUUGACGGCCUCAGUCCAGCGUCUGUCCUCUCUGAGACACAAACUCUGCUCGCCAACCAGACAGCAAUCCAAGAUGAGCUCGUCAAAACUGUGACGCCAGAGACGGCCACCUUUGCCAACACGAUCCAGCCCCUCGUAGACAGCCGUAACCACACCGCGUCCCGUACCACAAUCCUCCGCACCGUGCUGGCCCAGGUACAUCCAGACAAAGCUGUCCGCGAUGCCUCACGAAAGGCUCAGAACCUCAUCACAGCUGCCGAGUCCGUGAACCUGAUGCGCACUGACGUCGCCAACCUGGUAAGCGCCGUUCGCCAACGGGUCCGAACUGAGACGUCCGCCGAGGCCCUCGACGCGCAGGAUCGAUUUCUCCUGGAGCGCAUGCACGGGCAGUACGUCCGUGCAGGGGCCAGCAUUGCUUGCACUGAGACUCGUCAGCGCAUACAAACCGCUUCGGAGGAGUUAAGUCGGCUUGAAUCUGCUUCUCUUAGGUGCAUCACGGAGGAGAAUGACGGAGUGGUGUGGUGUACCGGUGCUGAGCUAGCUGGCGUGAGCGAAGAUGUUCUAAAGACAUUGAAGACGGGCACGCCAUCGGAAUAUAUUACUGAGGCCAGUCCUGAAGUGAGCCAGCAGCUGUUCCGGGUGCCAUUGAAGGGCAACGCGUUCACUGAAGUCUACCGCUCUGCCAUCCUGGAAGAAACUCGCCAAAGAUUGGAAUUUGCACGGUCACAUCGCUUCCCGGAAAACGUCGGGCGCCUGUCAAAGAUCAUUGUCCUGAGGGAUGAGACCGCGCGGUUGCAGGGCUACGAUAAUCAUGCCGCUGUCAGCAUGGAGGACAAGAUGGCUGACAGCACGGCUGACGUACUGGCGUCGCUGAACACCUUGCGCCAGAAGCUUGAGCCCAUCCGCGACGCCGACCUCAUCAUGCUUCGCCAGAUGAAGCUGGAGGGAUUGCGUCAAGGUGUCGAGAGGCUUCCUCCCAAUCUGUUCGCCUGGGACUUCAGCUACUAUUCCUACCACUGGAAGAAGGAGCACUGCUCGCUCGACAUGCGCAAGUUUGCAGAGUACUUUGAAGUCUGGCACACCGUUCAGAGCAUCCUUGAGCUGUACGGAGACGUCUUUGGCCUCGACUUCGUACCCAUGCCUGAGGUCAAGGCGUGGCACAGCGAGGUGGUCACCUAUGCUGUCCGGGACAGUGCAGUAGAUGGAACAGGCGAAUUCCUGGGCUACUUGUACCUCGACAUACUCGCCCGAGAUGGGAAAUAUAAUAAUGGCACGCACAUUGCCAUUCAGCGGCCGUUCGUAGACGCACUUGGGAUGCGAAACCACGGCGUGUCGACGGUGAUCUGCGCCAUCAGCCGGCCGGAAGGCUCCAUGGAUAAGCCGGUUCUGCUCGAACAUAAAGAUGUAAAGAGCUUGAUGCAUGAACUGGGUCAUGCUGUUCAUAGCCUGGUUUCUUCUGCCAAGUACGGUAUUGAGCAUUCGCGAGAUUUUGUCGAGAUCCCCAGUGUCACUAUGGAGAACUGGGCAUGGGACGUAAAGGUGCUUACACGCCUCGGCAGACAUCACUCUUUUUCUGGAGGGCUGCCGCUGGACAUCGCUCAGGCCGUCACCCGUACCAAGUGGCUCUUCAAGGCGAACCAGAUGAUGCGAUCGAUUCACUUAGCUCUAUUCGACCUCGCGAUUCAUUCGCCAUCGAGCGCACAGGCAGCAGCGGAGAUAGACACGACUGCGCUCUGGAACUCUGGUAGAUCUGAGAUUAUGGGUCUAGCCCUCGGCGAAGGUGAACAUGAUCCAGGGUGGGGGCAGGCUUCGUUCAGCCAUAUCCUCAAGAAGUACGCUGCAGGCUACUUUGCAUAUCCGUUGUGA